AGGUUUAAAUUGAGUUGAAUCAUCCCAGUCCCAUACUUAUCGCAGCUGGCUUCUCUCCUCAUCUCCAUCUUGCUUCCUCUCUCAAUCUUCCCAUUUGUUCCUUUCAGUUCUUGUUGGAUAUCACAUAGAAGUCCCAGAGAUCUGAGGACAGCUGGAGGCUACCACGCACAGCAGAGCUUUGCAUGAGUCUGGUUUUCACUUGAUUCCUCUUUCUCUGGUGUUGCUGGUCUGUUGGAUCCUCUGGACUAAGUGCUGCUGCCUGACCCUGGCUGUGCAGCUGCUUUCCCCACAAAUAGGAGUGUGUGCUGAGGAUUUGCUCUCAGCAGGGGUUUAAUAAGACAAGACACAAGCAGUCACCAUGCUGCAAGAAGCCGUAUCAAACAUUUUAAAAUUCCACAGUUAUCUACAGUCAAGAACUGAUGCUCGAGUCAGAGACUACCCACUGAUGCAGAGUCCUGUACAGAUGACCUCCAUCCUGCUGGCCUAUGCCUGCUUCUCGGUGUACAUUGGACCUCGCCUGAUGGCAAAUCGCAAGCCCUUCCAUCUCAACACGGCCAUGAUUGUCUACAAUAUCAGCAUGGUUUUAUUGAACGCCUACAUAGUAUAUGAGUUCAUGAUGUCUGGAUGGGCCACCACCUUUACGUGGAGAUGUGACCUUAUUGACACCUCAAAUAGCCCGCAGGCUCUUCGGAUGAUUCAAGCGGCUUGGCUGUUUUAUUUUUCGAAAUACAUCGAACUCCUCGACACAGUAUUCUUUGUGCUGAGGAAGAAACAAAACCAAAUCACAUUUCUCCACGUAUUCCAUCACUCCUUCAUGCCCUGGACGUGGUGGUGGGGCAUCACUUUGACUCCUGCUGGAGGAAUGGGCUCCUUCCAUGCCAUGGUUAAUGCGACUGUCCACGUUAUCAUGUACUUCUACUAUGGACUCUCAGCUGCUGGACCUCGCUUCCAGAAAUUCCUGUGGUGGAAGAAGUACAUGACUGCCAUUCAGCUUACGCAGUUUGUUCUGGUAUCCAUUCACAUCAGCCAGUACUACUUCAUGGAUAAGUGUGAAUACCAGGUUCCCCUUUGGAUCCACCUCAUUUGGAUGUAUGGCGUCUUCUUCUUCCUCCUCUUCUCCAACUUUUGGUUACAGGCUUACAUAAAGGGCAAGCGGCUCCCUGUCACCGAUGACAAGCCAAAACAGAACGGCUCGACCAGUGAGCCUGUCAGGGUGGUGGCCAAUGGGAAACACGUGGAGAAUGGGAACGUGCACCACUACACCAACGGCAAAGUCUUCCUGGGCAAAGUAAAAGAAAUCUAACUCUGUGACUGUGAAAAUGAGAAGGAGGCUCCGUAGACCUUGAGUAUGUCAUUCAUCGUUCAUAUCUAGGGGCAUAUUGGAACGGCACAGAUUUCAAUAUGCUGCUCUUAAACUAAUCAUUUCUGUUUAACCUCUCUUGUGCACACUUGUUGGGAUAUGAAUGGCAUGUUGCGUUUUGCCAGUGAUCUCUACUCGCCACAUUGUGUUUGUUGGUUCGUUGUGAAAACUAUUAACUGUGAUGAACACUGUAUGAAGAUAUUUGGUGCUCAUUUUCUCACUGAUAGUAUUUUUCAACUCAGGCUUGACCCACACUACCAACUGUUUAGCUGGCAUGACUUUGUUGCUUGGGAGUAUCGCACAGUUUCCACUGAAGGCUAGCACAUCCAAAUAACUGCUAAAGUUAAAGUUUCACUGUAAAUGUCAAAUAUUUAGGUUUAUUUUCUGUGUUUAAUUUAUCGUUUGAAAUAAAACAAGUUAUAGAUUAAGGUCUGUGUCAUUUGGAAAGCAGUUAUGGUGUGCACUUUGUAAGAAACACACCACACCUUAAUUUUUCAAUUUUAAGAACUGUGGAAAAGACGUUUUAUACUGUAUAUUACAGAACUGAUGCAUUUUGCAUUUUUUGCAAUUUAGGUAGUGACCUUUACACUACUAUUCGUUCGUUUUAUCCCAUUCUGACUUUUGCAACACUGUAUAAUCAGUUCCCUUAGCACACUGUGCAUGAUAUGAUAGAAAGUGCUUUCUAUUAAAUAAAUUUUAAAGUAUUUUGAAUUUAAAAGCAUGCUCUAAACAGCUGUCUCUGAGCAUCACUGCAGAAUGUUUUGAUUGAUAAACCCACCAGUGUUUGUACGCUUGCUGUUGAUAACAUAUGUGAACCGACGGCAGAUGAAGGAUGAUCUAAUUUCGAGGCAGUACUAGCUUUUUAAAAAUCAAAUCUGAUAUUUGCCACCAAAAAACUACAUGAGAACAGAUGUCUGUCUUUAUCCAGGAGCUGUUUAUGUUACAAUUACCCCUCACAGUGUUCAAUAGAUUAACCUGUUUGUGAUUUAAACAAAAAUAAAAACACUGUAAAUGUUUUUUA